UGUAUCCUUCCUCUUGCUCAAUUCAUCUUUGUUCUACAGCUGAUGGCGACUCAAGGAUAUGGGAAAAAACCAUACAAUGCUCAGAGAGAGCACGAAAUAAUGCAACAAAUUUCAAACAAAGAAGAGCAAAUUCAAAAGCAGGCUGAGCUUAUCAGGAAGAUCCAAAAAGACAACCAAAACCUCGACGUGGUCGACAAGUAAAGUCUUCACCAACUGUUAGAAUUUAAAUUUACAGUUUAAAUAUUUGCUAGGAGAUACAAUAUUGGCAUCCAUAUGAAGCGAGAAAAGGAGGAACUUGACAAAGAACUUCACAGAGACAAAGACGGAAUUGGUCUUGACAUCUCAUCUGGAGAAAGAUCUGUGUUCUCAUAUGAUGAUGAUGAGUCUAUGGACAUCACCGAGUCUGAAGUCGAGGCCGGCAAAAUGCCUGAGGCUAACGAAAGGAAAACUCUUCAUGGAACAAAUGUAGCUAACCAAACCAAGAACUUUGUGACUCCUGAAGAAGAAUUUGAAGCUGGGUUCAUCGACAAAGAGAAUAAUCGGAACAAUAACCACUACUUCAAAGACAUGCCCAUCAAGAUUGCUAUUCUAAAAUAAGCUGGAUGGCAUUUUAAGAGAAAAGAUAUCUUUCCUUCGCAGAGAAAUGAACAAAGACAACAAGGAAGAAGACGAGAACCCCGGAGUCACCAGCAUCAAUUCGGUCAUCAUCCGACUGUACAGCAAAAGGAGGAACGACGAGAAUGAUGAAGACAGAGAAGACCCUGACGAAGGCAACACCGAGGUGCUGAGUCACUCUUUCAGAAUUGCCAAGAGGACUACGUUCAAAGAGUUGAGAGAGGCUGCUCUUAAGUACUGGAACAUCAAGGAAGAAAGUCAUGUCAAGAAAAGAAGGAAGAAAGCCAAGAGGGCUGCCAAAGACGCUUUCAAUUUGUACGACGAUGACGGAGAGCAACUCACUUCCGGGAGUCAAGAAGAAGACGAAGGCAGCAAGCGAGACAGCGAAGAAGUGGGUGCCUUCUUUGAAAACAAGAAUGAGAACAACCAGACCCAAGACGCUAGUUACGGUGUGCUCUACCUGGUCACAGAGAAUGGAAGCAUUGUGAACGAAGAAGAGCAGGCUGCCAAGAAAGAUGAGCAGGAUGACGAGGCUGACAAAAUCCAGUAUAACGAAACAGAGAACAAUUUCUUGUCUAAAUAUCCAGGACUCAAACUUCUUUACACCAUAAGAAAGAAGGAGGAUGUGAACAAUGUUGAAAGAAUGAAUAUAAGAUGCAUUGAUCUCACUGUUUAUAUUCUAAUGCUUGUAUUCACAUGUAUUCUUUUAUUUAUGAGAUCAAGUACAUCAGAUGGUCAUUAUGCAGUCACAGUUCUAAGGCAAAUCUUUGUUGAAAAUUUCAAAGAGCAAACAGAUCUUGUAGGAGUCAGAUCAUUCCUUGAUGAUGUCGGUCUAAAUCUAUUAGCAAGAAAUGUUACUGAAGAUGGGGUAACAAAGGUCCAAAUUCCUCAAUUAAGAGGCCUUUCUAUUGUUGUUGAGCCCAUAAGAAUAAGACAACAAAGAACAAAGAGGAAUGAAAACUGUAUUGAACAAACUACUUCAAACAGUACAAGUGAUUGCUAUGAAUCAGAAUAUAACAGUGACACCAAAAAUACUACAACUAUUGGAGAUGGAAGCGAGCAAUGGCAUACUUAUCAAACCGAGAAAGAUACUAAGAUAACCAGAACAGCCAAUGGAGAUUUCUCUGAUUAUGAUGGAUCUGGGUAUAUAGUUGAUUUCGAUCCAAUGAAAACUUAUGAAGAUUGGGAAACAUUACAAAAUAGUUUAAUUGAUUUCUCGGUGAAUGAUCCUUACUAUUCAAGGUCAACAAGAAGUUUAUUUAUUAGCUUUACUAUUUUCAGUCCUUCUACUAAUCUUUGGGUCGCUUGUGAGUUUUUGUAUGAGUUCUCCAUCAUUGGAUUAGUGAAUCCAGCUUAUGCCCUUAUAAGACCAUUCAAACCAAAUCUCAUCGAAACUGAUAGAGAAAGUGGCCUAUUGGCAGCAGAUAUUAUGAGACUGAUACUAGCUAUUUGAUAUAUCCUAGUUCUUCUAGUGAUCAAAAUAGUUCAGAUGAAAUCACUUGCUAAACUCUUCUCUCUUGAGAUUUUGCUCUCAAUUACGGUAGAUCUGCUGAUAGUGACCUUUUCUAUCACAACCUUUGCAAUCAUUGUUGAUAUGAGUGGAAAGACAACCCAAUCUUUAGUAAGCAGUAGUGAGUUUACUGACUAUGUUGAUAAAGCUUAUUGGUAUCAUCUGGUGUUUAUUCUCGAAUCAUUUCUCUUGCUCUUUAUUAUCUUGAAAUUUCUGCAGCAGAAUAUUUCCAGAAGUUUGACCAUUCAAAUAAUGGCUUUCGCAAAUUCAAUCAAGAUCUUGAUCUCCUACUUCAUAUUGUUGUUCCCAAUCUUGGCUUCAGUUGCUAUUAUAUGUAUGAAGAUAUGGGGUCCAUUUGAUACGAACUAUAAGACAUUUAUUCAUGCAUACAUCUCUGUUUGUUUCCUUAUCCUUGGAAAGGGGGAUGCUUACCUUACAAUCACAAUCUUCGUGGCUAUCUACACUUACAGUUAUGGGUUGACUCUUCUAUCAUACGGAUAUCCAGUCUUCCGUUUCAACUCAGAUGAUGUUAAAUGGAAAACUUCUAUUAAGAAUUUCCUCAGAUGGUUCUUAGCAGUCUUGCCAACCAAAAUUCUCAAGAGACUGAAACUAACAAGUAACAGGAUUGAAGAACAAGAUGAAAGCGAAGAAAAUGAAGAUGAAAGCGACAUGUAGUAAAUUUCAAUCAAACCAGAA